UAUUCCAGUAUUGUCUUUGUGAAUCAAAUUCCCAAAUGGCGCCAAAAGCAGAGAAGAAGCCCGCCGAGAAGAAGCCAGCAGAAGAGAAAAAGGCCGAAAAGGUUCCGGCGGAGAAAAAGCCUAAAGCCGAGAAGAAACUGCCCAAGGAAGCCGGUGACAAGAAGAAGAAGCGAUCCAAGAAGAGCGUUGAAACCUACAAGAUCUACAUCUUCAAGGUUCUGAAGCAAGUUCACCCUGAUAUUGGGAUUUCGAGCAAGGCAAUGGGGAUAAUGAACAGUUUCAUCAACGACAUUUUCGAGAAGCUUGCUCAGGAAUCUUCGAGGCUAGCUCGUUACAAUAAGAAGCCGACGAUUACGUCUCGGGAGAUUCAAACGGCUGUGAGGUUGGUUCUGCCUGGGGAGUUGGCUAAGCACGCUGUUUCUGAAGGGACUAAGGCUGUUACCAAGUUUACUAGUUCUUAGGUUUGGGGGAAUAUGUUUCGUUGUAUAAUUAGUAGCACUUAGGGUUGAUUCGUCUAUGGCGUUUCUGUAUUUCCAGAUCUUAAAUUGAGAUAUAAAUAUAUUGGAUUUAUUAGCUGUUUUUGACC